AUGAAGGCCACCAAAGAAGAUCUGGAGCAGCAGAGGCUGUUGCCGGCUUAUCGAGAACAAACGGUCACAGUCGACAAUGAGGCCGCACAAAGCUCAUGCUCGCGCCGGAGAAGACCGCGACUGAUACCUCUUCUGUUGGUAAUAGGGAUUUUCUCUUUACUACUGCUACCAAGCAGAACUGCGGUCGGAUGUCACAAGCCACCCACAGCUGCGGUAUCUACAUACAACUCAACUGCAAAACCACCAGAUUACGGCCAAUCCAGUGCUUCCUCGGUCUAUAAUGUGUGGGCACAAAAGAGCGCCGCAAAAGGCAAAGAGUCCUCAUUGACUUCAAACAUGGCCGAGCGGGCGAUCUCAGCUGUUCGCAGCACUGCUUCAAGUGUCCUUCCCAAACGGCAAGUUGGGAUUCCAGGCCUUACAACCCCGCUGCGACCAGUGCUGCAGUGUUUUGAGGUUUCCCAGCCGGUCCUCACACCGGCAAAUAGUACUCGAGCCGGGGGCGCGUCUUGCUCAGCUCGGCUGAUGGAACACGUCUUUGCCUUCAGCUACGGCAAGCCUUUUGUUGGAAAUUACACACCGCCUAACUGCGACUUCAACCGGGUGGUCAUGAAUUUCAGCGUGGUUUCAGCAGGGAGACAGUUCGACCGCCUUGCGCUCAUGUACUUGGGCGACACAGAAGUCUGGCGAACAUCAACAGCCGAGCCUACGGCCUCUCCGGGUAUUCACUGGGAGUACCACAAGGAUAUGACGCAGUACCUUUCUCUCUGGAAGAAGCCGCAGACGGUUAUUUUUGACCUCGGAAACCUGAUUGAUGCCAACUAUACGGCUUCCUUCAACACAACCUUAACGGCCACUUUCUUCAAAGACGAUGUCCGGACGGCCACUGCCCCUCCCGCCGAUGUCAUUAUCCCGAUCACUGCUCUCAACUAUAGCAAGAACGAGGGUACGCCGACCAGCGUCUUCACUCUCCCGGGAAUGAACGCCAGUACCACUGUGAAGUCGUUCCCCCGCAAUGCCAACCGUGCAGUUCUGGCAAUUCAAGCCAAUGGGCAGGCCGCAGAGGAGUUUUGGUGGUCAAAUGUCCUACAGAGUGACGUGGCUACCUUUAACGCCACCAACGGCAUGGCCCCGGGCAUGAGCCCUUUCCGUGAGGUUGCCGCCAUGAUAGAUGGGAAGCUUGCCGGCUUUCAGUGGCCAUUCCCUGUCAUCUUCACUGGAGGAGUGGUGCCCACGCUUCACCGGCCAGUGGUUGGGCUGCAAGCUUUCAACCUUCGUGAACACGAGAUUGAUAUUACGCCAUGGCUUCCGCUUCUAUGUGACGGAAAUCCUCAUACGUUUUCGUUCCAGAUAAGGGGAUUACUGGAUGACAAUGGCAAAAGCGGCACUUUGUCAAACAACAUCACCAGCAGUUGGUACAUUACCGGCAAAGUCUUUGUCUGGUUAGAUGAUGAAGGUUCCAUCACCACAGGGAGCACCCCGGAGAUCCAGGGCGCGGAUCCCUCCAUCGACCUCUCACAACACGCCAUAGGCCGAGACGCGCAAGGCCGUAACCGGACUUUGACUUAUAACGUCGCCGUCAAGCGCGAUUUUACCGUAAAGUCAACAGUCAAGACUCAAAAGUCGAGCUUUCAAUCUUCCUGGAGACAGCGCUUAUCCUAUGACAACAAGAACAACGUCACCAAUUACGGCUUGAAUCAAGUCACCAAAUUUGGCAUCCUGGGAUCGGACAAUGCAUACUCCGACGAGAAAACAAUUUACGGCCAAGAUUAUGAUUAUCCCCUAUCGGUGGACAUGCGGACCGUCAACUCCCCGCAGACCAACACCACGACGCUGACCGCCAGCAUGUACCAAGGCAUGACAUUCCAGAUCGCCGGCAGGUCCGUCUUCCCAGACGGUUUGGAAGUGUUUGCUGGGACGCGCAACGACAAGAACUUUAGCGCCAGCAUCCUCUCGACCUUCCGCGACGGGUCCGCCUAUUUCCAGCAGACCAGUAUCCCCGGGCGGCCCUCCACAUCCACCGGCUCCGGCAACAUCAGGCAAGAGUUUUCGUUUGGGGGUAAUUUUGAACGGUACCCAGACAUAUUCAACGCCACGGCGGGCAUUGGUACGCAGCCGGACGUGAUGCUUUACUACCGGAACCUGACCGUUUUCAACAAUUCUGUGACGCGUGAUCGUGAGACCGUCGCCGGCCGGAGGAACGACAAGGACUCCUCUACUAAUGCUUCUGCCCCAUCGGUGAAUACGAACGUCGGAGCUGAACCUGCGCAGGAUCAGGUCUUGUUAAACUCUGCCUCGUCAAAGGGUGACUUUGCCCCGGCGAGGUUUCCGAGAACUGCAAAUCUUGGUGUAGGGUAUGCCGCGUUGGUGGCAAGGCGGUGGCAGUAG